AUGCAACCCUUGUUAGAGAUAGGAAGAAGAUUCCUCCAAAUACUUGGAGAGGAUUAUGGAGAAGGGUUGCCUGGUGUUCGGGUAGAACCUUUUGCAGAGGUGAGAGAAAAUAAGCAGUAUACCUUUUUUAUAUUAUUGAUCUUAUGGUUUUUGCAAGACGAAGUGGGGGAAACUCCAGGCUCCCAAAGUAUUUUUAUUCCACCCACCCCAGAAACAUUGCUCCUAGAACCAGAUGAUGCUCCUCUCCAACAGCCUGCUUGUUCAACUUAUCCACCCACACAAUGUACUGCAGCAGCUGUAUCAUCGGAGGCUGGCGUACCGCGUCCCACGCGCCCGCGACGCAGGCGCGAGCCACCAAUGUCACGGGAAACAGCGAGACGUGAACUCGUGAAUUCCUCACAAAUGAGAGCUCAAGCUGCAGUGUUGGUGGACAGCGAAGUCCUGGAACAGACUUGGAAGACCAGCAGGCGGGAACGCGUCAAACAGCAGGAACAGAAGAUAUGGGAAGAGUUUGUAGAAGAAAAGGAUGUUGUGUCCAACAUUUAUAAAGAGGAUCCAUACCAGUUCAUCGAGCAUCUGUCAGAAGAGAAGAUCAAAGAGCUUCUUGAAAUAGAGUUAGAGAAGAUGAGAAAAGAGAAACUGGAGGAAGAAGAACAAUGCCAAGGAAUAUCAACGAAAAAGGAGACAGUAGAGUUAAAAGAUAACCAGCACGUUAUCUUCGUUGAUGAAGCGGAGAGGGAGGAUGACACGUUCCACAUAUUUGAUGAUGAGAAGGAGGGCGAUGUUUCAGGUGUGUCGGGCCCUGAAGAUGAACUGCUCAACGACUCUCUUAGCCCACCGUGCACGGUUCGCGAACGGCUGUCUCCUGAUUUGGACACCAGAAACCGAAGUCCUGAUAAAGUUUCUAGUUGGUUAUCUUUGGAGAGGCAAAACAUUCUUAAUAUAGACCCGUCGGCUCUACCGAAAAUGAUGCAAAGGUCGGUGGAGUUCACAUCGCGCUUCAAUAGGAUUCACAUGUACCAAUUGCAACGACAGGUGCAAGACAUCAAAAGGAAUAAUUCUCAAGCACUGCCGUUUGCAAAGCACACACAAUUUCAAUCGCAAAUGGUCAGAAUUGUCUCCUUACAUCAAAACGUUCUGCAUUCUUUACAAGUGUUCAUAAAGUCGUUUCCUCAAACGUUGUGCAUCCGGGAGAGUGGUGAGUUGCUGAAGAGUCUUCUGCAAAUGAUUAAGGAGAUUCUGGACACCUGUGAGCAGGUGGACACGCCAGCCAACCUGAAUGCGGCCAAAGAUCUCUUCCAAGAUAGUUUGCCCCAUUCUACGGAUAAGUUAUUAAACGCUAUAGAAGAUUACACAUCAAGAAUGUCUGAAUACUUGAACAGUACUGAAAAUACGAGUGUUUCCUGUUCUCGCCACUCCAAAAGGUCCAGAGGGAGGAAGUUGAGUGGGACCUGGUCAAAGUCUGGAUCUAAGUCAUUUGGUGAUACGGAAGCCCACCUGUCGAUGUAUUCAUUGGACACUCUUCGGAACCACUCCACCGCAAAAAUGUCCAGCUCGAAGGGUCAUUCUGGAUCUCGUCGUCCUUUGAUGCGAGACCCUCAGGCUGGAGUUCCGAAGCCGAAACGAAAAACCGAUAAGGACCUAGACGUGCCAACACUCGUUGAAACGGUUGCACCAUGCACUUCGAGUCACAUGAGCCGAGAAGCAAGUCCGGGACCAACGCCCAUUUUGAAACAAAUAAUCUCCAAAAAGGGGAAAGAUACGUCUCCCAGGUCACCUAAGAAGGAGACAAAGCGGCUAAGAAAAGAGACAAAGACUCCCAGAAAGAUUUCUAAAUCACCCAAAGGCUCCAAAUCGACUGGUAAAGAAGCGAUCGCAUUAGAUAAAGAACUUGGUGAAGAUGAGCAGAUACAGAAACAAGAUGCAGCAACUCCUAGAAGAGAUACACCCAAGAAGGGUACACCGAGAACGGAAGCAGUGACCACGAGAGACAGAUCGUCGUCGCCUCGCAAAGAACCUGAAGUUAUAAUUGCAAAGAAGCAAGUGACUCCGCGAAAUGAUUGUCCUACACCGCGUAAGAGAACGUCCAGAAGCGAAGGAAUACCUUGGCAAGAACAGAAGCCAAUCGUAGGAGAACAAAAGCCAACCCCCCAAACGAUUAGCAGUCGUAAAACGACUCCUAGAUAUAUGAGUUUAGGGGAGGGAGAAAAUGCGUACGAGAAAGAAAUAGUGGAUGUGUCCCCGGGGAGAGAGAGUCGUCGCGUUAGGGAUAGACGGAGUGUAAAUGUAAUGGAGUUUCGGCGCCAUGAGCCGUUGCCCAAACGCGACGUCUUCCUGGCUUUCCUUUUAUUGGGGCCGAUGCGUGACGCAAAUCUAUGCUAA